GAUGCUCUCACUUCCUGAAACCGAGGUCACCUAUAAGGAGUAGUUCUCUUUAAUCAUUGGUGUCUCCUGUAGGCGGUGUCCACACCAAAGACUGACGGGAAUUAGAAACGGAGGAGCUGGCUGUAAGGUAUUAAAAGAAAUUCUGUCCUUCAAGUGAUCUCACUCAGCAAGUUCCAUCAUGUGUGAUCUCAGACAAGAUGGCAAUUUGGAGACAGAUCACUUGGCUGAUUUUUCUCUGAUGAACAGUCGUCUGGACUCAUUCCGUGGCUCCAGCCUGGCCCAGCAGGUCCCAGCAGAAAGAUUGGCUCGGGCCGGCUUCUACUUCACCGGCCAAGCUGACCGUGUCCGCUGUUUCUGCUGUAAGAAGACUGUGGAAAACUGGUGCACGGGAGACACACCUGUGGAAAGGCAUAAAGAGGUUUCCCCAUCGUGCACAUUUCUCAGCUGCACCCACCGUACCAGUUUUAACCCAAGUUCUGAUACCACACUCACUAAUGGUUCCAUCUACAAUGAAGCAGCAGAAGACCUAGAAUAUCGUUUGAGAACAGGAGAGGUGGUUGAUGAGUCCACCUACCCUAUGGCUCCUCACAUGAAGAGUGAGGAGGCCCGGCUUCAGACCUUCUCUUCUUGGCCAUCUACUGCACCUGUGACCCCCCAGGAUCUGGCCCAAGCCGGCCUCUACUACUUGGGGGAGAGCGACCGGGUGCAGUGUUUCUGCUGUGGUGGCAUGCUGGGUGGUUGGGAAGCAGGGGACACCGCCUGGGGAGAACAUACCAAACAUUUUCCCAACUGCUUCUUCAUCCUCGGUCACGAUGUGGGCAACAUACCGUUCCUGGGGGGUACAGAGGAGGAGGAGAGCAGCAGUAGACAACACAGAAACACUCAAGUCCUUAUGGGCAGUUUUGAGGAGAGGCUCUGCAGUUUCGCAGGUGUCCAGCACCCUAUUGACCACGAGAGACUUGCCAGAGCUGGUUUCUACAGCACAGGGACAGGAGACGGGGUGUUGUGUUUCCGCUGUGGUGGAGGUUUGAAAGGCUGGCAGCCUGAGGAAGAUCCUUGGGAAGAACAUGCCAAACACUACCCUGGAUGCAGCUUCCUAUUGGUGGAAAAAGGACAAGAAUUUGUCAACAGCAUCCAGCUGCAAGACCCACGACGAAAUGGAGCUACUUCAAGUCAUCAGAAUGGAUUUUCAGGACAUACAGAUGAAGUACUCCAGUCUGACAUGGCUCAGAAUGCCAUAGGGAUGGGUCUAGAGCCCUGUGUGGUGGAAAAGACCAUCUUGAUGAAGAUCAGAAGGACAGGCUCAGGCUACUCCAGCCUGGAAGCGCUUUUGGAGGAUUGCUUUAACAACACACCAGAGAGUGCUACUGCCAUGACAGAGCAACAAGAUGAGGACCCACUGGAGAAACUAAUGAAGCUGCAGAGGGAAAAACAAUGUAAAAUAUGUAUGGACAAAGAUAUUUCUAUUGUCUUCAUCCCGUGUGGUCAUCUGGUCACUUGCGAGACAUGUUCAAAGAAACUCGUCAAGUGUCCAAUCUGCUGUGGAGCCAUAUCACAGAAGCUCAAGACCUAUAUCUCUUAAGGACACACAGACUCUUGCUAAACUUGAAUGCUGCUCUCUCACUUUGUAAUAUUGUAAUUUAAUAUUAAAGGUAAAUUGCCUGUAAUAUAUUUAAGGACCAUGUUGUUUGUAUGAGUAUGAGAAUGUCAUAAGAAGAUAAUAUUUUGACAAUCACAGAGAUGGUAAAUGGAUGUUAAUAAUGAGAUGAGAUUGUAAAUAGCUGAUGUUGGUUUUCAUUAAUGACUACACCUGUUAAUACACUAAAAUUUCCCAUUUUGCAACACUUUCUUACCAGAGGUGCCUUUCUAUAGGUUUAUGUACUUGCGUCAUGUUUUGUUGUUUCAUUUAGGACAUUUAGCACAAUGAACUGGACAUGGGAUGUAAUAUUUCAUUAGUUUCAUUAUAAUUUCAUACAUUUCUGUGCUAAUUUAUUUAGUCUGGUGUGCUUAAUGUUUUAGACUCAAUUUUCUCAAUGUUUGCUGCUCUGUGUGGACAUUUAUAAUGGUAGAUUAGUAAAUCCAUUAAGACUUUUACUUUGUAAUCGACAAAAUCAGCUCUAGUUGAGGGCCUGGAAUAAAUCAGUGUGGUGUGAAAUUAUUUUACCAUUUCAUCAUGCAAUCUGUUGUGUCAUCAAGAGUGAAUAAAUUUGAAUAAUUGGA